UUGCAGACAUAAUUAUUAAAUAUUUUUUUCAGUCAAUAUUCUUCUGCUUAAGCUGAAGAUUUUGAAACUGAAUCAUUACUUGAAUUCAUCUAAUGAAAAAAGGUAUAAAAAUUUAAAAAUCAGCUCCAACUGUUAGGUAAAAUAUUUCGAGCAUAAACACUUCUUUUAUUUUCGUGUUAUUAAUUGAAACUCUUGUUCCUUUGUGACUAACGAGCAUCAAUCGAAAAAAAAUGAAAAUCAUGUGAUAGAUUUCGCUGCAUAGUUUAAAAAAGUCACUAUGAAUCUCAAAUUCUUUAUGUAACUCAUUUAUUUCUGUGCUGUCUUUUGCAUCGUUCUGCAGAUACGCAUGUUUUCAUUGACGUUUAUUUCUUUACAAACUUAACUGCAGUUUGCUCUAAAUGAAUAAAUUGAUAACAUAUCUGAAAGAACGAUUAAGAAAAUGUCUCACAUCAUCCUUGCGACAAUGUAAAAAUUAAAUACUGAAGUAUAAAUUUUGCAUUUUUCUAGCUUUGCCGAAAUAGAUGGAUUGUUACGUGGACAGGUCGAGAUAUUAUUUUUCAUCAUGAUUUACUAUUAUGAAAAUCAAACGUUAACUCUUAAAAUUUGAAUAUUUCAAAAAAUAAUAAACAAAAUUUUUGAUUUUUUUUUUUAUCAAAUUGUGUUUAUUUAUAGCUAUGAAGAAUCAUUAUUGGAUGAAGUUGGUCUCAAUCGAAUAGGUAUUUGUCCAUCAUCACUUCUUGUUGAUGAAAAACAAUUAUGUGAAAUAAUUCUUCAAUGUCCAAUCAUGUUUGAUUUAACAACAUGGUUACAAUGGUCAAAUUAUUUUCAAUUCAAAUAUGAUACACUCAAAUUGUUCAUUGCACGAAAAGAACAAGAAUUUGAUCGUCUUCUUUUACUUGAAACUUCAAAUCAUGAACUUUUACGUCUUCCAAUUGAUUCAUCAUUUGAUUUAUUUGAAAAAGAACUUUAUUCAGGAAAUAUUCGAUUAAGUGUUGGUCAUUUAUGUGCAUUAAUUAUUUGUGAAUAUGUUAAAGUUAAUCAAUUACCAAUGAUUAUUUAUAGACAAGUUAUUAGUACUUGGUUAACUCGUCUUCGAUCAUCUGCUGAAUUAAAUGAAAAUAGUAUCGAACCUAUGAGAUACGUUCUAGAAUUUUUAACAUAUUUACCAAUACUUAUUGGUCAACAAAGAAUUGUUCAAGAACUUUUACUAGAACCAAUUGAUGAAAUAUUUGUAAAUAAUGAAGACGAUCAAAUAUUUAAUACUCGACAAAGAAUAUGGAAAUUGGCUAAUGCUAAACAAAAGAGUAAAUUAGAAGUCUGGGGACAUCUCUUGGAUAUUGAUGAAUGGAAAAAUGAAAAUAAAUGGAAAGGAAUCAAUGAACCACAAGAAGAACCUAUUAUUCAAUCUACAUAUGAGAAUUUUACGCAGCCAGAUAGAUCAAUUCGACGGCCAGAAAUUCUUUUACCUAAAAAUGAUCAAGUAUCAAUAUCAACUGUUAUCUGUCCACCAACUCCACUAAUUCAAUCAAUUCAUGAAAGUUCUAUUCCAAUAAUUAAUGAUAAUAAUCGUAAUCUUGAAGCAUUUGAACAUAUAAAAAUAAUUCGUGAAAGACUUGGUAUUAAUAAUAAUCUUGAUACAACUGGCCAAUCAAUAGUUAGUAAUCUUCAAGGAUUGAUUAAACGAAGUUUAGACAAAUUAUCGAAUGAUCUUUAUUCUGAACAAGGUCAUUUUGUUUUGGAACUUAUUCAAAAUGCUGAUGAUAAUCAAUAUGCAUCAAACUGUUUACCAACAUUACGUUUUGUUAUUUCAUCAAAUCGAAUUCUUGUUUGUAAUAAUGAAAUUGGUUUUCAAUCAAAUCAUAUUGACGCUAUUUGUAAUGUUGGAAAAUCAACAAAAGGAAAACAUAAACAAGGUUAUGCCGGACACAAAGGUAUUGGUUUCAAAUCAGUAUUUAUGGUCUCUGAUCGACCAGAGAUCCAUUCUGGUGGUUAUCAUUUUUGUUUUGAUACAAGAAAUGAAGAGGACAAAAUGAGUUAUAUUAAUCCAAUAUGGUUAGAUGAAUGUGAAGAAAAUUUAUCAUUAAUAAAUGAAUGGAAUACAUGUAUUCGUUUGCCAAUAAAACAAAAUGGACGAUCUAAUUCAUUAAAUAGUAAAUUUGAUGAUAUACACGCAAGAUUAUUAUUAUUUCUUAAUCGUCUUCGACAAAUCGAAAUAAUUCAUGAAAAACGAAAUAAUCAAAUAGACGUACAAAUAUUUACUCGAAUUGAUCAUGCUCAAGGUCAAAUUAUUGAAUUACAAAAGAAAACAACAUCCGAACAAAUUAUUAAAAGUUUUUGGCUUGUUGUUAAAACAGUUGUUCAAAUUCCAAUUAAUAUUAAAAUGCAAUUCAAUGAUAUUAAAUGUGAGGCUGAAUCAACAACAAUAGCAAUAGCUUAUCCAUUAGAUCAUAUUCAUGAAAAUUCAUCAUAUGAAAAUCUUCCUUGUCAACCAUUAUUUGCUUAUUUACCUCUUCGUUCAUAUGGUUUUCGUUUUAUUCUUCAAGGUGAUUUUGAAGUUCCAGCAACUCGACAAGAAGUUUUACGUGAUAAUGGUUGGAAUGAAUGGUUAAAAAAGGAAAUGAUUCAACUUAUUCCAUUAGCUUAUGAAUAUUUUAAAACAUUACCAGAUAUUCUUCAAAAUUGUUCAAUUGAUGUUCAAAAUCAUAUUGGUUCAUUAAAUUUAAUUCAAACAAUAAAAUAUUUUAUUAAAACACUACCAACAUAUAAUGAUAUUGAUCCGUAUUUCAAUUCAUUUAUUGAUAAAAGUAUUCAAGGUCUUAUGGGAUCUAUUCAACUACCUAUUCUUAUAGAUGAAAUAAAUCAAAUAAUUCAAUGGAUUUCACCAACACAAUGUGUUUUUGUUCGAGAUUCAUUUAUUAAAGAAAUAUUUACUUCAGAUUUACUUUUGUCACAUUUUAAAAAUUAUUAUCUUAAUGAACAAUUUGUUCAUGAAUGUGGUCAAUCAAUUUUAAUUAGAUUAGGUUGUCGAAAAUUAGAUUUUUCAAAUAUUUUACGACUUAUUCGAAUGUUAUACACACAAAAUGAACAAGAACAUACAACAAAAACAACUAGUAUUGAACAAAUUGCUCAAUGGUUUUUAUGUAUUGAUUAUAGUUUACAACAAGAACGAGAAAAGCCUGGUUUUAAUAUUGAUGAUGAUAAUCAAAAAGAACAAACAACAAUUGAACAACUUAAACAAAUGAAGAUAAUUCCAUUAAAAGAUCAAACACAAUUAGUGUCCAUUGACCAAUAUCAAGAACGAGCUAUUUUAUUUCCAUUAGAUAAAUCUAUUCCUUAUCCUAAACAUCUUAAAAUUGUUCUUGAAGAUCUUCCGACCAUUGAUGAACGAUUACUUAUUUAUAUUGAAACAAAAUAUCCACGUCGUCUAGAAUCAAUUAAACGUUUACUUAAAGAUUUAGAACUUUAUGCUCUUAAACCUGAGCAUUUUACAAGUGAAAUGGAGAAAUUAAAAAAUAUGUUAAUCAUCAAAAUACGUCAAGGUAAAUUUAUUCGUAUUAAUUCAAAUGGUCCAAAUGUUGUUCAUUUAACAUCAUCUUAUGGAUGUAAAACAUCGCUUGAUUUACUAAAAUUAUCAACACAUCAAUUUACAUUUAUCUCAGAUGAUUAUUUUCAACAAUAUCAUAAAGAAUUAUUUUAUCAAGAUCGGGAACGAUAUCAGUUUAUAAAUUUUCUUAAUGAACUUGAUGUUUAUGAUUAUUUUCUUGUAAAAAGAGUAAAACAAGGAUUUAUCAAUGUUGAACAACUUGUUGAAACACAAUGGAGUCAUAUUAUUGGAAAAUUAUCAAUAUUAAUUUUUGAACCAUUUAUCAUCCAAGAUUAUCGUUGUGAAGAAUUUGAUGCGUUGAUUUUGUCAAAAGAUAAUGUUGGUGUUGAACAAUAUUCUCAGAUUUUACUUUAUCUUAACUAUUGUUUUUCAUCAGUUGGACAUUAUUUUGCAUCAUCCGUUAUUCGAUCUCGUGAUCAGCAUACUGGAAAUUCAAUGCCAGUAUUAGCUGUUGAAUCUUCAUUUUGUUUGUCAUUGAGAAAACAUUCAUGGAUACCCGUCAUUGAUCAAGUAAAAAUACCAUUAAAAAAUGAAAAUUUUAUUAAUUUACUUGGAUUUAAACGUGAAGUUUUUCCGAUUACAAUUUUUGAAUUAUUUAUGAAAUGGUCUUGUAAUCUUGAUAGUAAUUCACUAUGGAAUUUAAUUAAUACAUAUGAAGAUCGAUCAUGUGAUACUAUACCUUGUACAAUUUCUACAACGAUGAAUCAGUCUUGUCUUGAUACAAUAAAUAAUAUCAGUCAGAUUUAUAUGUAUUUUAAUACUAAUAAAGAGAUCUUAACUCAUCUUCCUCGAUUUCGUCAAUGGCCACUUAUCUUUAUUCCUCGAACUGCUGAUAUUGGUGAAUUUUUAUUUCCUAAUGAAGUUUUUUGGCAUGAUCCUGAGUCAUUAUUAACUGUUGGAAAUACUUUUCAUAACCAAUGUAUUGCUUUACAAACAUUCUAUGGAAAUGUUUCUUCUUUACAGCAAUUAUUUGUUAAUGUAUUUCAAGUAAAACAACAACCAACACUAGAAGAUUAUCUUCCAUUGUUAAAUAAUUUUGUUGAUAAAAAUAUUCAAUAUAUAUGGAAAUGUAUUCGAGUUAUAACACGUUUAGCAUUUGCACAAAAUAAACAAAAAAUGGUGAAAGAUAAAUGUUAUGAUUGGACAUUUAUUCCUUGUACAAGUUAUACACAUAAUUUGGCUAAAUAUACUGAUCGACUAUAUUAUCCACAUGAUCUAGUAAUUGCUAAUCUUUUUUCAGACAUUAUACCAAUCGUUAAUAUAUCAGGUAUACAUCAACAAUGUCAUAAUAGAAUGAAAUCACUUUUAGAUAUGCUUUAA